AUGGAAAGAGGAUAUUGCGAUAAUGACAGCGGUAGAAAUGCUGCUGUAAACGACUCUCUAGGAGGUGACCGCUACGUGCCUCCGCAUCGGCGCAAUCGCGGCGGGGGCACUAGCGAUGCGCCGCGUCAGUCGCAGCAGCGCUUCGACGACAAUGAUCAUUCGUAUGGAGGCGGUGGAGGAAGAAUGGGAGGAGGUUAUCGUGACGGAGGAGGACGUCGCGGAAACUAUGGUGGAAGAGAUUCCUUUGAAAGGAGUGACCGAGGUGGCGGAGAAGGUUAGUC